UAACGACCUUUUCCCUUCAAAACCGCUUGCCACAUUCGAUUCUCUCUCUUCCCGGUUCCAAGAACUGGAUUGAAUACUUGAAAAUUAAACCCUCAAUUCGUCUAACUCCGGCGCCGGAAAUUAGCAUUGAAGCAUGUCUGUUUCGGAUUCCGAGACCUCUUCCCACGGCGGAGACUACAAGACUUUCCGCCAAGUCAGCCGCGAUCGAUUAUUGUAUGAAAUGCUCCAAACAUCCAAACCGGGAGAUUCAAGAUCGUCGUGGAAGGUACUCAUAAUGGAUAAAGUUACUGUAAGAGUAAUGUCACACUCGUGCAAAAUGUCGGAUAUAACAGACCAGGGAGUUUCCUUGGUGGAAGACAUUUUUAGAAGAAGACAACCUCUGCCUCAACUGGAUGCCAUAUACUUCGUUCAGCCUUCCAAGGAAAACGUGAUCAUGUUUUUGUCUGACAUGUCAGGAAGAGAACCGUUGUACAGGAAAGCAUAUCUAUACUUCAGUACACCUAUACAAAAGGACCUUGUCAAUCGCAUUAAGAAGGAUGCUAGUGUUUUACCACGUAUUGGUGCACUAAGAGAGAUGAAUUUGGAGUACUUCUCUAUAGACAGUCAGGGAUUCAUCACAGAACAUGACAAAGCACUUGAAGAACUCUAUGGUGAUGAUGCUGAAAAUUCUCGUCGAUUUGAUAGAUGCUUGAAUGUAAUGGCCACAAGAAUUGCUACUGUUUUUGCUUCAUUAAAGGAAUUUCCUUUUGUGCGGUAUAAAGCAGCCAAACUUGAUGGUGACUCAAUGACUUCAUUUCGUGAACUAGUUCCUACAAAGCUUGCUGCAGCAGUUUGGGACCAAAUUACAACAUAUAAAUCUUCCAUUCAUAACUUCCCGCAAACAGAAACAUGUGAAUUACUUAUAGUGGACAGAUCAGUUGAUCAGAUUGCUCCAGUCAUUCAUGAAUGGACCUAUGAUGCUAUGUGUCAUGAUCUGCUUAAUCUGGAGGGGAACAAAUAUGUGCAUGAGGUUCCUAGCAAAUCAGGUGGUCAACCUGAAAGAAAGGAAGUCCUUUUGGAAGAUCAUGAUCUUGUCUGGCUUGAGCUCCGGCACACUCACAUAGCAGAGGCUAGUGAACGGUUGCAUGACAAGAUGGCAAACUUUGUUUCAAAAAACAAAGCAGCGCAAUUGCAACAGAGAGACGCUGGUGAGCUUUCCACUAGAGACAUUCAGAAAAUGGUUCAAGCUUUGCCGCAGUAUAAUGAACAGAUGGAGAAACUCUCUCUCCAUGUUGCGAUUGCUGGAAAGAUUAAUCAAAUUAUCAGAGAUACAGGUCUUCGAGAACUUGGACAACUGGAACAGGACCUUGUAUUUGGUGAUGCAGGAACAAAGGAAGUUAUUAAUUUUCUGAGAAAGCAGGAAGGAACGAAUGAGAACAAGCUCCGGCUUAUGAUGGUUUAUGCUGCUGUUUAUCCAGAAAAGUUUGAGGGUGACAAAGCAUUGAAACUCAUGCAGUUGGCAAAAUUAUCAGAUUCGGACAUGAAAGCUGUGAAAAAUAUGAAAUUGAUUGAGGGAUCUGAUUCGAGAAAGAGUUCAAAAGGGACUUUCUCACUUAAGUUUGACUCAGCAAAGAGGAAGCAUGCAUCAAGGAAGGAUCGAACAGGAGGAGAGGAAGAGACGUGGGCACUAUUUCGGUUUUAUCCCAUGAUAGAGGAGUUGGUUGAAAAUUUGAGCAAAGGAGAAUUGGCAAAAGAUGAGUAUUACUGCAUGAACAGUCCUAGUCCUCCCAGUCAUGGAACCCAAGGGAAAACUGGAGCCUCACAGAGUGAAUCAGUUAGAUCUGGGCAAUCUAAUGCACAAUCUAUGAGAUCAAGACGAACUGCAAACUGGGCCAAAUCUAAAUCCUCCGAUGAUGGAUAUUCAAGUGAUUCAGUGUUGAGAAUUACACCUAGUGAAUUGAAGAAGAUGGGCCAGAGGAUUUUUGUUUUCAUAAUUGGUGGGGCAACAAGGUCUGAGCUUAGGGCUUGCCAUAAGCUUACAGCAAAAUUAAGGAGGGAAGUCGUCCUUGGUACCACUGGUUUGGAUGAUCCAUCUCAAUACAUCACGAAACUUAAGUCCUUAUCAGCAAAGGAGCUCUCAGUUGAUGACAUUAAGAUCUGAAGGUGUUAUGGUAUUUGUAUGUCAGAGUUGUGCCGAACACCAGGGUGAAAUCCAUAUAUGAAGCAGCAGCCAAAAGGAUGAGCGUUGAAUUGGGUGGAAUGCCAAGAGAGAAGUGAAAUCCAAUCUUUUGUAGUGUUCGUCUCCUCCAAGAACAUGAUUUAAACUUCAAUGUAAUCAAGAAUUGCAUUCCCUUUAGACAUCCCAGAAACUAUGAGUGGGUGGGUACAGUCUGUUCAUACAAAACAUGUGUUAGUUUUGUUAUUAAUUUCAAACUGAUAUAUUCAUUAA